AUGGGUGAUAUUGGAGUCGAUUCUGAGCGGAGGCCAGACUGGGCCAAUCUCUCUGUCCUUCACCGGAACACCUUGGCGCCGCGUUCUAACUUUUUUCUGUACAACAACGAGCAAGAUGCUCUAUCAAGAGACACGUUGAAAGCGAAAGCCGUUUCACUGUCUGGGCCCUGGAAGUUCCAUCUCUCAAAUUCUCCUCUCGAAGCACCAGCUGGAUUCGAGGCAGCCACCUUUGACAGCUCAAAAUGGUCCGAUAUCGCCGUGCCAGGCAUGUGGCAGCUUCAAGGCUUCGGACGAGGACCGCAGUACACAAAUGUGCAAUACCCAUUCUUCGUAGACCCACCAUAUCCACCAUACACCGACAACGAGACUGGCUCGUAUCUCACCACAUUCCAAGUACCCAAAGCCAUCCAAGAUCACCAACUGAGGCUCCGGUUUGAGGGCGUGGAUUCUGGCUUCCAUGUCUACGUCAACGGCAAGGAAGUCGGAUACAGCCAAGGAGCCCGCAACCCAUCCGAGUUCGACAUUACCGAUUUCGUGAAGCUCGGAGAAGAGAACAGUCUUGCUGUCCGCGUUUACCAAUUUACAGACGGGUCUUACAUCGAAGAUCAAGACCAGUGGUGGCUUUCAGGAAUCUUCAGAGAUGUCUUCCUAUUGGGCUUUCCUAAGGAGGCUCGGAUCGAAGAUCUCUCAGUACAAACGCCGCUCGACAAGGAAUACCGCGAUGCCACUCUCGAGGUGCAGGCGAUUGUCACUGGCAGCGGAGAGCUCACGUUCAAUUUGUCUGACGCAUCAGGCAAAGCCGUCGCUUCGAAGUCAGUGGCCAAAGAGGACAAAGCAACGGGGACAGUUUCGGUAUCCAUACCUGUACAGAAUCCUCGCAAAUGGACCGCGGAAACGCCAUACCUCUACAAUCUGACGGUCUCACUUGCCGGGCAGCACAUUGUUCAACGAGUCGGUUUCAGGCAAGUAGAGCACAAGGACGGGUUGAUCAAGGUCAACGGCAAGAGAGUUGUGUUCAAGGGCGCAAACAGACACGAACAUCAUUAUCUGUCUGGCCGCACUGUGCCUUACGAGUUCAUGAAGCAGGAUCUCCUGCUGAUGAAAACUCACAAUCUCAAUGCCAUAAGAACAUCUCAUCAGCCCAGUGAUGUCAGGCUAUACGAUCUAUGCGAUGAGCUUGGUCUGUGGGUCAUGGAUGAGGCUGACCUGGAGUGCCACGGCUUUGAGACAAUUGCCGACGCAGCUCUCGCCCCAGCAGAGCAAGCUCUACCAUUCUUUGAACGACAGAGUUUAACCAGAGGCGAAGCAGCAAAGUGGACCUCAGACAACCCGGUCUGGCAAGAAGCCUAUCUCGAUCGCGCUCAGCACCUUGUUCAUCGCGAUAAGCUACAUCCUUCUGUCAUUAUCUGGAGUCUGGGCAACGAGGCAUUCUAUGGUCAGAAUCACACAGCAAUGACCGAGUGGAUCCACAACUACGACCCUACCCGACUUGUGCACUACGAGCCAGAUCUGGAAGCCAAGCACGUUGACAUGCACUCUCGCAUGUACCCGGAAAUCUCUGAUAUCAUCAAGUUCGCCGAGGAUAAAAAGACAGACAAGCCGCUAGUGCUGUGUGAGUAUAUCCACGCCAUGGGCACGGGACCUGGCAACAUCAAAGAGUACAUUGAUGCUUUCUACAAGUAUCAUGCGCUUCAAGGUGGCUGGGUCUGGGAGUGGGCGAAUCAUGGCCUGUUGACCAAGACCAAAGAUGGCAAAGAGUUCUACGGAUAUGGCGGUGACUUUGGCGACUUCCCGAACGACUACAACUUUGUCAUGGAUGGCGUUCUCGACUCGGACCAUGAGCCACGCAGUGCUUUGAUUGAGUAUAAGAAGGCUCUGGAGCCAGUUCAGAUUGUUUCAGCUUCUCUCGAUGAGGUCGAGAUCAUCAACCGCCUUGAUUUCACCACCCUGGACCAGUUUCAUGUGACCUGGGCGGAGGUCGAUGAGACUGGCAAGAAGCUGCAGACUGGAAACCUUGAGCUGCCACAGUGUGUACAGCCGUACACGACUUGCAAGCUCGCACUGCCAGCCAAGGCAACGGAUCCCUCGCGCGAGACUUUUAUCAAUCUGAGUUUCGAGCUUAAGGAAUCUACUACCUGGGCUGAGAAGGGCCAUGAGGUAGCAUUGCUGCAAGUGCCACUCUCUGGGCCACGUCCUGUCAGUGUAGGCACAAAAGGCAAUGCGGCGCUGAAAGCAGAGGGGACUGCCACCUCGCUUUCGAUCACAGCUCAACAUGCCAAGUGGAACGUCGACUUGCUUCGUGGUCGAUUGCAAUCGUGGCAAAAGAACGGAGAAGAGCUUAUCGCCCAGCCACUGGAGCCAACAUUUUAUCGCGCGGUCACGGACAACGAUGCCCCUCGUGAUGGAAGAGACUGGAAAGACAGACUGCUCCAUCUUGCACGACUCCACACUCGCGAAGCCAAGUGGCACCAGACUGAAGACGGCAGUGUCGUUGUCGAUCUGGCGCAAAAAUUCGCUCCUCCAGUCCUGUCAUGGAGCAUCGACUUGCAAACUCAAUACACCUUCUCACCUUCGGGAACUGUCAAGUUGAACGUCAAAGGCAAUCCAACAGGCCAAAACCUGCCCAAGACUCUCCCGCGCAUCGGAGUCACCCUCGGCUUACCAGAAGCCUUUGACGACGUCCAAUGGUUCGGCCGUGGCCCAGGCGAAAGCUACAAAGACAUGAAGCUCUCGCAGACGGUCGAUAGAUACUCCUCUAACGUUGCAUGCCUCUGGGCCGCACCAGAUUUCCCACAAGAGUGCUCAAAUCGCACAGACACUCGAUGGGUGAAACUCUCUUCUCCGAAGACCAAUUUGACAGCACAAUUCGUAAAGUCAAAAGAUGGCGACGAGAGACACUUGUUCGACUUCCAGGCAUCGCAUUAUGAUGUCAAAGAUAUCGAUGAGGCACAGCAUCCUAAUGAGUUGGACAGCAAGAAGAAGGACUACGUGAUUUUGAGACUAGAUGCUGACCAUCAUGGUUUGGGUACCGGAUCUUGUGGACCCAGAACAUUGGAGCAGUAUGCGCUGAAGACUGAGCCUUUUGAGUUUACGGUGAUCCUGAGCUGA